UAGAACCCAAAAAUAAAGAAAACGAAAAACAAAAAACCCAAUAUAUUUCUAAAAAUACCGAACAGUUUCCACAAAAUUACAAACUGAGUCUUAACAGAGGAGCUGAGCUUCCCUUCUCCAUUUUCAUGGCCGCAAUUCCAGAGGCUUAAUAAAAAACGAGUCCCUCUUCUUUCUCAGACGUCUCCGAUCAGCUUCUUCUUCUUCUUUUCUUUGGUUUGUUUCGUUUCGUUUCGUUUCGGGAUUGGAGGGGGUUUGGUUUCUAAAAUAUGGUUCAGUUCUGCCUCAGGCGAAGAAUUCAACGGCGUAUGAUGAUUCUGCGGCGGUGCAUUCGUCGACUCAUGGAUCGACUCCUCAUGUCUUGCCUUAGAAAAACUGUCCGUUACAGGAUGCUUCCUCAAGCCAUCGCGUCGACUUCGCCUUCACCGGCUGUCGUGGAUGGUACUACUGAUUUCGAUUCCACUCAAGCUGUACCGGAGCUGGCUCCAGUACCAGUUCCGACUCCGGUGAUCAAUCGUGAGUAUGCAAUGGACUCGGAUUUGGUCUCCUUGAAGAUCAGUCUCUUGGGAGAUUCCAAUAUCGGGAAGACUAGCUUUUUGGAAAAAUACAUAGGUGAGGAGAAAGAAGAGGUUGUGAGGCAUGAAAAUGAGAAUGGAUUAAGCUCAAUUGAUAAGACAUUAAUCGUUGGAGAUGCUCGCAUUUCCUAUUCCAUUUGGGAAGUGGGAGGAGAUACGAAAUCUCAAGAGCAUAUGGGAUUUGCCUGUAAAGAUUCUGUAGCUAUUCUUUUCAUGUUUGAUCUGACAAGUCGGUGUACCUUAAAUAGUGUCAUUGGAUGGUAUCAACAAGCAAGGAAAUGGAACCAGACGGCAAUUCCAAUUUUAAUUGGAACAAAGUUCGAUGAUUUUAUCCAACUCCCCAUAGAUUUGCAAUGGACAAUAGCAAGUCAGGCAAGAUCAUAUGCCAAGGCAUUCAAUGCAACGCUGUUCUUUUCGAGUGCAACGUACAACAUUAAUGUAAACAAGAUCUUCAAAUUUAUCACGGCCAAGAUCUUUGACUUGCCAUGGACUGUGGAGCGCAAUCUCACUAUUGGAGAACCAAUCAUUGAUUUCUAGUGUUCUUUUUUUUUUUAACUUGUACAGUGAAGUCUUUCCAAUUCCAGGGGAUGUUACAAGGAUUACUACGAGUUGUUUCCUUGGAUGUUUUGGAGAAAGGCAGAGGCGGAGAGAGCCCACAUCUCCAUUCUGGAAUAACAUUUCGUCCCUCAACAGUAGAAAAAAGCUUAAAGAAUAAAAGUAAAAGAAAAAGAUCGAGCGUUAUUUACUCUAAAUAUACAGGAAAAAAAAAGUGAAGAAAAAACCCGUAUACUUGGCAAUUGAGUGUUGGAGAACCAUAUCAUUCAUUUUACUUUAAUUACCCAUAUGAGUCUCUUUUUUCUUUA